GGCGGGGCGGGUUGUGGUGCAGUCAGACGGGGGAGCGCGGUGUAACUGGAGGGCUUUUGUCUUUUGCUGUAUGCGCUGACUGUGCCCAGGAUUCGCCACCUUGCUUGCUGCAGUCACACACUCUGCUGGUGAAAGACCGUACCUGCGUGUGAUUCUGCACUUUUUUGCCCACCGUUUUCUUUCCCAUGCAGACGAAUGAGGGAGAAACACUUGAAAAAAGCUGUCCCAAGAGACAAGGAGCAAGAAAGGGAAGAACAGUUAAUGGAAGACAAGAAACGCAAGAAAGAGGAUAAGAAGAAAAAAGAAUCCGCUCAGAAGGUCACAGAACAAAAAACCAAAGUGCCCGAAGUGACGAAACCAAGCUCAAGCCAAGCGACGGCCGCCAGCCUCCCUGGCAGCUCCCCCUCGCCACCCGUCAACGGUGGCAACAAUGCCAAAAGGGUGGCAGUGCCGAACGGACAACCGCCCACCACCGCCCGCUACAUGCCUCGGGAGGUGCCGCCGCGAUUCCGCUGCCAGCAGGACCACAAAGUGUUACUGAAGCGUGGACAGCCUCCUCCGGCAUCCUGCAUGCUGCUGGGGAGUGGAGCAGGGACUCCCUCCUCCUCUGCUACACCAGGGGCCGUCCCGGGCAACGCACAGCCAGGGGCGGGGGCAUUGCUGCAGGGAGAAAGCGGCCCUGCAACAGAUUCAUCAUCGGGGGCAGCUGCUACAUCAAAUUAUGCAAAUUCCACUUGGGGCUCCGGAGCCCCCUCCAGCAGCGGCCCUUCCGCAAAUCCCCCCCACGCCUGGGACAAAGUGAUUGUAGACGGGUCGGACAUGGAAGAGUGGCCUUGCAUCGCCGGCGUGGACGCAGAGCCGCCUUCCGACAACGCCACAGACAACAACAGUGCCUCGAAUCCAGCCUCGGAGAAGGGACCCCCACAAGGAAGCGCCACUAGCCACAAAGGGAGGGGGGGCCAGGUUCAGCAACAGCAGCCUGGCGGCGAAUGUAUCCAGGGGGUCUGGAAAUCUGACACCAAGGCUAAGCCCGUCCCGUCUUCCAACCCCACCACAGAGGGCACCAAUAGACUGGGAAACUGGAGGAGUGUGGGAGGGUCUGAGAGAACGGGACCUGCCUCCGGUUUCAGCAACUUUAACCCAAAUACCAACCCGUCGGCUUGGCCGGCUUUGGUCCAGGAAGGCGGCAGGAAAGGGAACCCGGAGCCAGAAGGCAGCUUCUCCGGUGCACAGCUUGGCCCAGCGGGUCAGACCUCUAGGGAGCAGCAGUCAAAGAUGGAAAAUGCGGGUGCUGGUUUCGCAGCUUUGGGGAGGGAGCCAGCUACAACCCAUCACACUGACGGACCAAAAAAUGGAAACACUAACUCUACAAACUCAAAUACUUCAACCCCCCCAGAGAACAAGGGAACAGCCUUUGGGGUGGGUUCUGGGGAAGCCUCCCGAGGAUCUGACCCCCCUGCUCAAAGCACUGGAGAUAGAAAGAACGGGGGAGUUAAUUCAUGGGGGGCUACAAGGGGUCCCUCUGCCACAGGAGACGCCACCUGUGGACACGGCAACUCUGGGAGCAAUGGACGUGAGAGGGAGGAUGCAAGAAAGGGGUCUUCUCAUAGACCCAACGGGUCCAGGGGGGAUUCAUGGGACAGCAAAAGUGGUGGGAAUGGGUCUUGGGGCUAUGGCCCACAAGGAGACCCCAGUGAAGUCAAAUGGGGAGAAGGGAACAAACUGGGGGCUGGUGGGGCUUCUCAGGGAGAUUGGAAGCAGGCAGCCGGGCAUGAGGACUUAAAGGUGGGAGAAUGGGGAGGCCCGAGCCAAGGAAAUUCUAGCACUGGAGCAUGGGACAAUCAAAAGGGCCACCUGCUAUCAGAGAGCCAGGGCAACCCAUCAUCAGCGGCCUGCUGGGGCCGGGCUCCCAGUUCAACUGGUAGUGAGGCUGGGGGACAAAGCACUGGAAGCAACCCUAAGACUGGGGGUAGUGGAGACAGCCUGAACUCGUCCAACCGGCGAGUGCACAGAUCGGCUCUCCCAGAUUGCCAGGCCGCCUUGCAGACCAUGCUAAGCCGGACUGACUUGGAUCCUCGAGUUCUCUCCAACACAGGCUGGGGUCAAACCCAGAUCAAGCAGGAUGCAUCAUGGGAAAGUGAGGAAGCGUCAUCUCGGGCUGAAGGCAAAGCAGACCGUGGGACAGAGGGCUGGGAGAACACACCCCAAGCCAAGAGCUCAGGGGGCUGGGGGGAUGCCCCCAGCCAAAGCAAUCAAAAUAAGUCUGGCUGGGGUGAGCCUUCUGUCUCGGCCCCUUCUGCCCAAGAAUGGAAAGACACCAAAACAACUGGCUGGAAUGACUAUAAAAGCAAUGCAACUGGUUGGGGAGGUGCUGGGGGACCUGGAGCAGGGGCUGGAGGACGACCAGAGGAGAAAGCUGCUCCAGGGUGGAAUAAUGACAAUAGUAGUGCUGAACCAGGAUGGGGUACUCGCCAGCCCAAUCCUGCAAGUGGGUGGUCUGCAGGAAAGAAUGGCUGGGGAGGAACUGGAGGUGGUAAUGAGGACAUGGAGCCUCCCAAGGGUCAAGGGGGAUGGGAUGGUUCAGGAAAUAAAACCUCCUCUGGUUGGGGGGAGGUGGGUCAAAAUGAUGUUGGAUCUUGGGGCAAUGGAGCUAACCCCAACCAAGCUCCACGAAGUGGGUGGGAUGAGAACAAGAGACCACAGGGAGGAGGUGGUGGAUGGGGUGAGGCAGCUAGACCCCCAUUACCCUGGAACAAACAGGAAGCAACACCAGCUGCAUCUUCUCCUGGCUCUUGGGGGAACCCACAAGCACCACCUCCUCCUGGAAAUGGGAGGCCACAGCCCAAUCCAGGGUGGAAAGGUGGCCCCCAGCCAACCACUCCAAAAGAAGAGGAGCCAAGUGGCUGGGAGGAACCAACGCCACAACCCAUCACACGUAAAAUGGACAUUGAUGAUGGGACAGCGGCUUGGGGUGACCCUAGCAAUUACAACUAUAAAAACGUCAGCCUGUGGGACAAGAACGCACAAGUGGCCCCUGGCCAAAUACCAAGGGAGCAAUCAAUACCUGGGUCAUUAGCAAACAAAGCGGCACCAUCAGUGUGGAAUAAAAAACAAGGGCCUCCGGCUGACAAUGGAACCUCAGCCUGGGGGGAUCCAAAUGAACCUGCUUCAGGUUGGGGGGAAGGAGAAGAUACCGGACCUCCAAACCCAGGGUGGGGCAACACACCCCCUGUAGCUCCAAGUGCCAUGAAAACAGGUACAAAAUCUAUGCAAGAUGGCUGGGGUGAGAGUGAAGGGGGAGUGUCCGGGACACGUCAUAGCAGCUGGGAGGAGGAAGAGGAGGGCGGCGGUGUUUGGAACAACGCAGGAUCUCAGGGAAGUGGCUCCUCCCACAACUCAGCAGGGUGGGGCCAAGGAGGAAAGAAACCACAGAUUAAGGGUUCCUUGAAAGGGGGAAACAAUGAUUCUUGGAUCAACCCAUUGUCCAAGCAGUUCUCGAAUAUGGGAUUGCUGAGUCAGGUGGAUGAUCAGCCCGCUAGUAAAAUGGACCAUUCUGUAGGUGGACUCCCAGAAAAGAAGUUUGAGGCGGACAAGCGGGGCGUGAAUCUCGGGGAUUUCAAUGAUAUGAUGCGGAAGGAUCGGCCCGGCUUCCGUCUUCCCAAUUCCAAAGAGAUGGGAGCCGCAGACAGCGGGCCUUAUUUUGAGAAGCUGACUUUGCCUUUCUCCAAUCAAGACGGGUGCCUUGGGGACGAGGCUCCCUGCUCCCCCUUUUCUCCUUCCCCCAGCUACAAGCUAUCUCCCUCCGGCUCCUCGCUCCCUAACGUGGGUCUUGGGGCUAUUGGUUCGGGCCUCAACCCACAAAACUUCGCUGCUAGACAAGGUGGCAGUCACGGGCUGUUUGGGAACAGCGGUGCACAAUCGCGAGGCAUGCACAAUCCCAUGCCAUCGCUUAACUCCUCUCCCAACCUCCGGGCACAAGUGCCUCCCCAGUUCCUCUCUCCCCAAGUCUCGGCAUCCAUGCUGAAGCAGUUCCCUAACAGUAACAUGAGCCCAGGGCUGUUUAACAUGGGGCCCCAGCUCUCCCCUCAGCAGAUCGCCAUGCUGAGCCAACUUCCCCAGAUCCAGCAGUUCCAGCUGGCAUGUCAGCUUCUCUUGCAGCAACAGCAGCAGCAGCAGCAACUUCUCCAAAACCAGAGGAAAAUCUCUCAGGCGGUCAGGCAACAGCAAGAGCAGCAGCUGGCACGAAUGGUGAGCGCUCUUCAGCAACAGCAGCAAAGGCAGCCGGGAAUGAAGCACUCGCCCUCUCACCCCGCAGGGCCCAAGUCUCACAUGGAUGGCAUGGGUCUCUCGGACAUGCAGGCCAAAGGGCACAUGCCAGGUUACAGCUCUGGCUUUGGCUCAAGUGGAAUCGAUUACAGCAUGGUGGGUAAAGAGGCUGCGGCAGAGUCUCGAUUCAAGCAGUGGACGUCUAUGAUGGAUGGGCUCCCUUCCUCACAGGAAUCUGCUCUGCAUAAGAACGGCUCUAUUGUCCCCCCAGGGAAGAAUCGCGGUGGCUCCCCCUAUAACCAGUAUGACAUGAUGUCUGGUGAUCCGCUAGUAGGACAUGGGGGGCCAGCGGGCGACAGCUGGUUACCUGCCAAAUCCCCCCCUUCAAAUAAAAUUGGAAAUAAGUCAAUCAAUGCCAGCUGGCCUCCAGAGUUCCAGCCGGGAGUGCCAUGGAAGGGGAUCCAAAAUAUUGACCCUGAAUCUGACCCUUAUGUUACUCCUGGCAGCGUGCUAGGGGGUCCCGCCCCAUCUCCCAUCGUAGAUACUGACCACCAGCUUCUGCAGGACACCCCAACAGGGUCCAACUCUUCCCUCAACACCUCGCUGCCUUCACAUGGUGCCUGGCCGUACAGUGCCUCAGACAAUAUCCACAGCACUUCAGCACUCUCAGCAAAGUUCGGGGACUAUAAAUCCACCUGGUCACCAGACCCAAUAGGACACAACCCGUCACAUCACUCAAACAAGAUGUGGAAGAAUCCAAUGUCCAGGAACAGCCCUGGGCUUCCUCGCCCCCCACCGGGUCUCACCAACAACCCCAAAGCCAACAACUCCCCCUGGAACAGCACAGCCUCCCGCUCCGUCAGGGGCUGGAGUGGGCAGGAGUCCAGACUUGCAUCCGCAUCCUCUUGGAGUGAUGGUGCAUCUGUGCGUCCCAGCUAUUGGCUGAUCCUGCUAAAUCUCACUCCACAGAUUGACGGUUCCACGCUGCGGACGAUCUGCAUGCAGCAUGGCCCCCUGCUGACAUUCCACCUUAACCUCACCCAGGGUACCGCUCUCAUCCGAUACAACACCAAGCAGGAGGCAGCCAAGGCACAGAGCGCUCUGCACAUGUGCGUUCUGGGUAACACGACCAUCCUUGCGGAGUUUGCGACGGACGAGGAGGUGAACAGAUACUUUGCACAAGCUCAGCCCCAAGCUCCUUCAGCUCCGGGUGCAGGCUGGCAGCCUCUGGAAGUUGGACAGAACCACCAGGCGGAACCAGUAGGACCAGCCCUGAACCUUUUCGGAGGGACCACGGGGCUUGGACAGUGGAGCAGUGGCGGAGGCAGUAGUGACCUUUCGGGAGUGUCCCUCUGGGGUACUCCCAGCUACACAUCCAGCUUGUGGGGUGUGCCUAGCACAGAGGAUGCCCACAGGAUGGGCAGUCCCGCCCCAUUACUACCCGGUGACCUUCUGGGAGGAGGGACCGACUCAAUAUGAACCUUGAACUUUCAACUCUGACCUCGCGACCUUUCAGAGCAGCAGCACUAAGUUGACCUUUUUGUGUUUUUUUUUCUUUUUCAAACUUGCAAUAAAUACAUUUUUUUUUAAACAAAAAAAAGAAAAAAAGAAAAAAAAAAAGCGAAUAGCAAGACAUCAGGUGGGUGCCGAAUAAGACUCCUGAUCGCCAACGUUACAAAAAAAACCUGCGGUCACUUUUAAAAGUGGUUGGUUUAUCUUCUUUUUUUUUGUGUGUGUGCUUGCAAAUUCCUUCCUCCCCCUUUGGAGACCAGAAGAAAGAGGGGGAGGGAGGGACUCUGGGGAAAAACAGAAAAAAAGAGGGGGAUGAAGAAAACUAAAAAAAAAAAGGACAAAAAACACAUAUCAGUCUUGAAAUACUUGAAUAUUGAAAGCCAAUGUUGAAAGACAAUGUGAAUUCGUAAAACCUACCAUUUAAGAGUCAUUUUGUGCUGGGGGGAGCUGGGAAAUGAAUCAUUUUUUUUGGGGGGGGGGGUUCAUGGCAUUUUUCUUUGGAAGGCUGAAACAAAUAAUGAAGUAUGAUAAGUUUAUGUAAAAGGAUGCAGAUUAACCCUUUGACUGUCUGGGCUACAAAGCAUUGCAGAGCAAUGUGUUGUAAUCUUCAAAGGGCAGCUGAGGUUAAAAAAAAAUGGAAAUUAAACUCCGUCUUGCAAGUUAAGAGACAUUUUCAUAGCCGGGGGAGAUGGAGUACGGCACUUCAACAAGGGUGGGAGGGGGGUAACACAUGUGGGGGGUGGACAUGACUAACCCAGCUCCCCUCUACAUUGUCUGCCUUUACAGUGGUAACUUGCAUGUUGGGCAUAAGGUGAAUUUAACUCUUUGCCAGCCAGGGGACUUUGCAGCACAUUGCAUAGCCCACUCUGGCAUGCAAGGGUUAAAGUCCCAUUUAUGGCUGAUUGCGCAGAAGGAAAGUCAUGAGAGAGUUAUUGUCUCUGAAACCAUAACCAGCUCCAGUUGGGUUACGUAUCUGUUUUUUUUUUUUUCUUUGUGAUAUUCCUCUGGCAUCCAGAGCAGGUAACCAUGCACUAUCCGGUUGGAACUCCUCUGUAGCUGCAGUGACCCACAAUUUGGUAUUAAAAAGGUUUCAUCUCUGUUGAAGAAUCUGAAUAACUGGUACAAGGACUGGUAGGGGAGGGAGCUGUGCAGAUGUAGAGAGGUCAACCAUAAUUAGCGCCUCUGGGUGUAGUUUGUGUAAAUAAUGGCGUACCAGUCCAGAUUUGUUCCUGCUCAUGCAUUGAAUCUCACUCUGCAAAUAUGGCCAGCACUGAAAGGGUUAAUUUGCUUUUUCCCCCAUCGAUAUUCCAAUGAAUCCUUAAACCUCAAGGAGCAAUUCAUCACUCUUGGUGGCCUUUCUGGGUGCAAAAAAGGGUUAAUAGCUUCUUCCUUUAAUUGCUUAUCAUUGGAGCAGUCGUCCCCCUAGUGUAAUGCUAUAUCACUGUACAAUCCAGGGUCUAAUAUCCAGUCUAGUAUUUACCUUUUCACUGUGUUUUAUUUCAAAGAAAUAUUCCAAAUCUAGCUUUUCUUGGUGCAUAUCCCCAUUCACUAUUGCAUAUUAACAGGUUUUAUAGUUCUCAACAUAGAAAGUUAAAGGCAUCCAUCUCUUUUAUUUGGUGGAGACUUCUCAAUGCUGCUGGAGGCUGAAUCACGGGUGUUAUCAAAUUGUAAUCCUACAAUAUUGUGCAUAAUAAGCUAUACAAAGUAUGUUAAUUGUUUAAAUCCUGAAAUCUAGGUAAAACGGAGGAGAAUUCACCUCUGUAUAUCUCAAUUGAACAGCCCGUAAAACUGUUUGCAGAAGGUUUUGCCCUGAGAAGUUAGUUUUGCAAAAUGUGUAAUACUUUAACGCAGGGGUUGACAAAUAUAUUCCCUGUUGGGGAGGAGCCAGACGCACAUGGCGUUUAAAUAUAUGUUAAAUAGUGAAAACUGUAGAAUUGUAAUUCUAGGGUUCGUGGCUCCCUUGACUUAUGGGAAUUGUCAAGUCAAGUCCUGCUUUAACAAAAUGUAAAACCUCUCAUCAUCUGUGUAAUAUUUAGUAAGUUCUCAUGGUUUGUUCCAGGAACCCACCUGUAUAAUUGCAAUUUUAAGAUGUUACUUGCUAUUAACCCCUUGACUGACAGCUGCAUCUGGCAGGCAAGUGGUUAAUUCCCCCUGGAUCUGCCUGGCAUCUGCAUUUCCAUGUCAGAGCUGUGUUUGCAGAUUAGUUAUUUGUGCGCUGCAUAAUAUAAGAUCCUAACCAAAUUCCCAUGUAUGUGUUGCCAUCCCACUAGCACUGACAAUGUUAAUGACAGACGCACAUUAAUGUGUGUCUGGCAGAAGGGUUAAAUCCUAAGGCUCUGUGUUUUUAAUAUAACUUAUCUUUUAUUCCCUUGAAUGUGGUCUUGUGCUUUGCAAAUAAUUAAAGUUCUCUAACAAACGUUGGAUUUCCACUGCACAAAGGAAAAGAAAUCAAGGGAAUAAACGGCAGUUUGUUUUAUUAAUUGCACUUCUCUACACAUGCCCUGGUUACUUUAAUGUCUGCUAAAACCAUCUCGCAUGCUGUGGCUCCUUUUGUGGCACUCUGUGGGUUUCAUGUAAGGUAUAUAGGUUUGUGAGACUCCAACUUUUGUGGACAAAAAAACACAUACUGUGGAUCUGUCAGUUUGGAAGUUGUUACUGAGAUGUGUUCCUGUUGAUGUGCUAGGGUUAAAUGCUUGUUUUUUGGGUUGGUUUACCUUCCUGUGGAUUGUCCUACCUUUACAAUACGGCAGAACUAACGCCAUUUGUAUGUUUACAUUAGAGAGGAUGCAUGCUUUAACCCAAUGUGUGCUUUGUGGCUGCUGACUUUGUUUUUUCCAGGGGAAUUUCUACAGCAAAUUCCUGGUGCAAACGAGCCGAGUGCUCCAUUCUGAUCACUUCCUGCGAUCUGCCUGAGAACUUGUGUUCCUGCUGCCUUAAACCCUUUAUUUUGCUGUCAAGAAGGGCUUACAAGAUAUUCUGUCGUCCUCCUAUAUCAUAAAUGAUGAUCCCUUUUACUAAAGGAUACCAGUUUGUGUUGUGAGGUUUGCUCAGCACGUUAAUGAAGGAUUGCUGCUUUAUCACUUGGUGGGCAGAAGGGAGGUUUUAUGGUUCAUUUGCCAUGAGAUCAAGUCUGCUGGUCAUUUUUUAUUCCCUGUUACCUGCUUUCAAAGCAAUUGGUUUUAAAACCCUUUGAGUGCUGAAGUACUGACUCCCCUCCCAGUCCAGCUUUCUUAAUCUGAAAUCUAAAUCUUGCUGCUUUUCACGUGGCAUUUAACCCCUUCAGGGGCAACCGACCACGGCCCAUAGCUACUAAACUGUCCAGGGAUUUGAUUCCAGUUUCUUUUUUGGCAGGUGCCAUGUAAGCAGAACGACCUGCCAAACGCUGCUUAGUGGGUAUGGGCCCUAUCUAUGCAUUAUUCUGUUAUUGAGCUUUUGCUUUGCAUUAAGUGGCUGUAGUAAUAACAAAACUGUGAGAUGGUGUAUUUUGUGUGACUUCGGUUUUAUGUUGUGUUGUGAAAGUUACUUGUGCUUCGGAAUCUUUGUUAGAAUAUUUUGUUUUAAUCGCUCUAUUAUGGGCAAACUAAAAAUGGCCUCUUGCAGUAUUGCAGAGUUUUUAGUUCACGUCAUGGGGGUUUCUUUAUUUUACUUUAGACUGUGGUCUCUAGACCAAUAUUAUGUGGUUCUAUCUCUGGAUGUCAAAAAAAAAACAGCUUCUCAAACCAGGUCAAGUUUUCUGCAUGGCGUUUGGCGCUGUCCGUUCUCCUGGAGGAUGUUGCUGAACUUCACCGCUUUUGGGCCUUGUAAAAUAACAUUUCUAAUAGUUCAUUGUAUUGUUAAGGAAAGGGACUUUAAAAAUGUGAUUUAUAAAAAAAAAAAAAAAACAGUAAUGCCUUGUAAAUUGAAAGCUGAAACUGCAGUGUGUUAACCAGGAGUUGCAGUGCAAGUUUUAGUUUAAAUCGUUUUUUCAAGUAUUUUUUCAGUUUGAUUGUGAUAUUGAGCAGAAUUUGUCCUUGUUUUCUUACAAGGAACGAUAUAUAUAUAUCUCCAUCUCAAAAGUAUCGUUCUGUUUUUUUACUGGAAUAUCUUGACACACAAGUGCGUUGCUGCCCCUUUGGGCCGUGUAACUGUUUUGUCAGUAUGGGUGCACCAGCAGUAAUGAUUUUAUCUUAAUCCCUAUUUUUAGAAAGUGUAUCUGCCUAACUACUAUCAUUGUAUGCUUUGGAAUAUUACUUUGUUUUAUUUUUAAUCUAUGUAUAGAAAUAAAAUCCAAUUAUUUUUUUCUGGCUGUGGCAAUAUAGCCAAUUGAUGCAUCAGUGGGGUGUGUGCUUGUACUUUAAACAUAGAAUAAAUUCAUAAGGGUUUCUAGGAUGAUUCCCAGUUUUAGUAAAGCUAUUGGCUUUAUAUGAAGUAAGUUGAAUUAAUAUUAUUGUAUGUAAAACUUCAGAAAUCCGCAACAUUUCAGCCAGCUGUGUGCGUACUCGUCUGUGUGCCACUGUAUUGUCACGGCACUACUUGAUGUCCCCAGAAAUGCAAGUUAGAGCGAUGUGCUGCACUCAACAAGUGGCUAUAGUUUAUUUGUGCAGCAGUCUGCUCUGUCUGACAGUGUGCGGAGCCCACAAUCUGCUUACUGCUGUACAGGGCUUGCAUGCCGCCCUACCAGGACUGGAUAUGAAGAGGCGAACACAAGCAGGGUAACUAUUUUUUGUGUACUUUUGGGGGAGUUUUGUUAGCAAAUUCUGGAAUGUUUUAUUGGUAAUGAGAACCAGUUCUAUAUCCCUUUUUCCCACUUCUGUUAAUUUAUAGUAUCCAUAAAUGUGUUUACAAAUAACUAGACCCACCAAAACAUCCCAAUUCCCACUUUACAUACAGCUGUCUGUACUGAUCUAUAAUGUUGCUCAUCUCCAGCAGUGACAAUGACACACAUACAUUUAUCUGCUGCUAAUGAGUUCUCUAGUUAUAUAUGUGAUGGUGUGUUUAUAUGCAGUUAGUAGAAAUAUUGGCACUAAACUGGCUUCCCAGCAGGCACCUGUGCGCUUCCUGGUGAGGUCAUUCAUCACCAAUAUUUAAAAGUUAGUUUUACUGCAGACUGGCUAAAUGUGUUUUACACCUAAAGCCUGGCACAUCACAUCUGAAUGUUAGUGAGGUCGACCAGCAGUCUCCUUGAGAUUUUGUCCUAUUUUUUGUUUGUGAUGGAAGCCAAAUAGCAAGUUGCAUGUUUGAGCUAUUCAGUCACUGACACACAGUGCAACAAAGCAGCUUCCAGCCAGUAGCAGGGAAAUACUUUAUUUAAAUGAAGGUGCUGAUAGACUUAUGGGAUAGAGUUAUUCUUGCCCAAGGGGACUGUAGCACAUCGCUACAAUAUGUGACACAGACCUUUGGUGCCAGAGAAUGCUUGUGUGUAGCUAUGUAAAAAAACAAAACAUCUCUACAUAUGGGACGGUCAGAGUUUGAGCUAUACAGUGAAUGGUUAGGAACAAUAUUAUAUUCAUAGUUUAUUAUAACUUGUCUGUAAAAAUACUGCCUUGCCCCUCAGUGUAAAGAAUCUACAUAUAUUUUUAUAUUUUUGCCCCAAUCAUCAUCCAACAUUAAUAUAGAUACUAAAAGAAAUAUGUAACACUUCCAUCUUUCCAGUCCAUCCCUCAGACCCCCCUCAGCAACGGAGGGGUUAAAAUAACUGUUGCACCUCUGUAGUUCGUAACAAAGCACUUAAAUUUACUGCACAUGCGUGAUGUACUGUACUGAUUUGCAGCGUUCGGUCAUUGUGUUAUCUUUGUACUUAAUAUACAUUCUGGAGGACUUAAAAACUGAAAAGGUGUUGUGUUACAUUUGCUUCUCUGCACCCUUAAUCACUUGUAAACUGUAGUCUGGCAUUUUAUAGAUUAGGCAUUGCCCUCUCUCCCACACGCUACCUACAAAGCUCCGUCACAUGUAACCUAUAGCUAUGGCACCAUCAUAUAGAGUCAGGUUCCUUGCGGCCAGUUCAUCUGGAGGCCUUUGGCUCUCUUUGCACAGACUGGCAGUCUAUGGUAUUGAUGUUUAUAUGGAGUUGCGCUGUCAUGUCUGUGCUGUUUUCUUGAGGCCUUUUGAUCUGUUUAAAUAUUUGCGUUGUAUAAUGAUUCCAGAAAACCUGGCAAAUUAUAACAAGUAUAGCUAACUGAGUAUACAAUAACCUUCUUUUUUAUUUGUUGCCAAUUCCUCAUUUCAGAUACAAAUUAGAGUUGUACAGCUAUGUAAUGCAGUCUAGUUCUUCCUGUUUGGGAUGUGUUGCAGGCUUGUUUCACUUUGGUUAAUAAGCAAUUGAAUACCAAAUAUAUGUUAGCUGUUGCAGCCAAAAGACUUUUUUUAGCUUUUGGGUUGUUUUGUUUUUUUUUUGGGGGGGGGGGGGGGAUACUGUUUGGUGUUCCCCAGCUUGCAUGAAUUGAGAAGUGGUUUCCAGUGUACAUCUACAUUUCAUACUGGUGCAGCUCAGUCUUAGGCGCUCACCCAGUGAGGUCCCCUUAGCUGGUGGGGACAGGCAAUGCUAGGAGAGUCAUCAUUACAAAAAAAAAAGUUGUUUACCUCCACCAUUAACUUAGGGGAGCGAACCCCAAUACUGUUUGUUUCUUCUCAUUUUCUGACAGCAAGAGUGAACCCCCCUUCAGUAAGCAGAUGCCUCAUUACUCUGUCACUGAAUGGGGUUACAAGCCCAAUUAACAGUUCUGUGUUAUUUAUUAAUCCAACAUUCCCUUACAAUAUUGUUUAAUGUCUUGCCAAAUGAACUUGACACAUAGUCUUUGCAUUUAACACAGAAUUUCUACCUAAUUGUACUGCUUUAAUGAAAAAGGGCAAGAAUGAAUGGUAUUGGAAAAGGAAGCAUUACCACUGGUGGCAGGAGCUGCUGCACUUUAUUCGCCAGUAUUAUUGUCACUCUCACAUGUGCUGCGUCAACGGGACAGUUACCUCACUUGUGUGUGUGAUCAGUCAGUGGGAAAUAUCUCACGUGCGCUCCAUCAGUCAGAGUUAUCCUCACUUGUGCAUGCUUGGUCAAUAAAACUGUUGUUCUCACAUAUUCUCCAUCAACAAGCUGGUAAAAAAAAAAGCACUGUAGGCAUGAACAUUCAUCAUUUUUCGUCCCCUUGUCUUUAGGUUCUGUAUGCCUUAUGGACAUGUCUUAAUCUUUAGGGUAUUAUGGAGUUGUGCUUUGCUAUAGACACCUGUAUUUAAUGCAAUCCAGAAUGUGGCUUUGUCUAGCCCAGUGCCAACCUCAAAACCAGAAUAUACUGUAGUUAAAAGUUCAGGUGCUCUCAGUUGUUCCAUACUCAUCUAUAAAACCUGCUUAUUUGUCCUUUCCCGUUGAGUUAGAUCUGUAGACACCAUGAGUUGUCUUGGUGGCUUCCUGUGAGUAGGAGCUUAACACAAACUAUAUGACCAACUCUCUCUGUAAACUGACUUAAGGCACCUCUUCUGAGGUUGCCAUCAAGUAUAUGGAGUUCUUACUCAAAUGUGGAUGUUUGUACCUUCUGCUUCAUGUCGCACACUCCCAUUUACUAUGUAUGAAGGCUCUUAGACAAUAUUCUGUUUCAUACUGACAUGCUUUUGCUCUUCAGUAAAUAAUUUGUUUCCACAAUCUAUGGUUUUCUGACUUGAGUAGUUUGAAUUGUUGUCUUAAAGGAAAUCAUCUUGCACCUGAUAGUUACGUCUAUUAAGACAUGUAAUUAUUGUUUGUUUUUGUUGUACCAUCUGAAUACUUGUUUUAUUAUUUCCAUUUAUCUGGUGGAAAGUUCUGCUAGUUCUAUUUCUGCUUUCCCUAUCAGUCAUUCCACAUUUUCCUUAAGAAACUUCACUCCAGUUAGAGAUCCAUGUUAACUCCAGGUUCAUUACAAGCAUUAUGUUUAGUAUUAUUCAGAAGAGCCUACAGAAACGGACAAUCACAAAUCAUCAAACGGCUUCUUGGACUCCUCCGUAAACUUUAGAUAAUUGUCAUUUAAACUGUAUGGUGUCAUGGGUAUACUUAAAACUGGUUAUAUGGUUUCUUUCAUCAUCCUUUUUUUUUGCCAUAUUUUUUUACUUGUCCAUGAUCUAUUUAUUGCAUUUGUUGGUAAACAUGCAUGGGGAUUUGGAGACUGCUACCAAAGCGAAUCAGAUCAGAACGAGAAAAAUGACUUGACAUCUACAGCUGGCCAUGAAUUCUGUUUAACGACCAGAAUAGCUGUGAGCCUACAGAGCUUAGCAAAAUGCCAUCUUUCCAAAGCUUCUGUGAAUAGAACACCUCAACAAAAAUGCUUUUGUAACAAACCACAUUUACUUACUCAUAUGGACUCAUGAUGUAUAUAUUACAGUGGGCUACAAGACUAAAGCAAUGUGUGAAAUCUGUGUAUUAUUUUGUUCCCUUCCUCUACCAAACUCAGGGAGCCUCCCUGUCUUCUGCUCUCCAGUCAUCCUUGGGGUCUACUGCUUCUCUGUCCAUAUUACCUGUAUGAGUGUGGAUCAUUUGAAUUCAUUGUUACAAAAAGAUGGUUUGCCUUUUGUAGAAUAAAUGUGUCUUGUGCUGGUUAAAGUCUGUUUGACUCUAAAGCAAGGAUAAUUGUGGAGACUGACUCCUCCAACAAGCCAAACUUUGUGCUCUCUCUGCCAUCUGAGCCCUUUCCUUGUAUAUAACUAUUCUUCUGCCCAUCUGAUCUCUGUAUAGUGCGGAAGGUUGCACCUUUUUGUAUUAUAGAAAAAGUCCUUUCUCUUUGUGUGUAACCAGUAGCAUCUUCUUGGUGUUUGAUGCUAUUGGGUAACAGGUGUUCUUCUGUACUGGAAACCAGGGGCACUUUUUUUUUUCUUCAAGACACUUGUGAAGUUAUGUUGCCCCACUAGUUAAAUCACAUGGAAGGAUUGAUGUUUUGAAGUUUCAGUUUAAAGCACACAUGGUGCUGGGGGGGUCAUUGUCUAUCAUGGAUUGUCAUGAGGAAAGCACAGACUUCUUGCAAUUUACUUGGUUUUUACUAACUUAUCAUCUGUUUACAUAAAGUCGUGUACUUAAAAAAACAAAAACAAAUCAUAAACUCUAUCAGAUAUGCAGUGUAACUGAUGAGGGUUUACAAUGUGGUUGGUUUGCUAGCGCCAAAAUGCCUUUUAUUUAAAUAGUUGGUGUGAAAUGGGUUUAACCCAUUCGCUGCAAGAUAAACCAUCUUUGCAUUGGUCUGUGAUUCACUGCAAAAUCCUUUGUGAGCAAAAAGGGGCAAUGUGCCUGACUUUAGUUUAAAAAUGCCACACUGAUGAGCAGUUAGCCACAGAUAAAUGUAUAGUUCUAUGCUUUGCUCUACAGUUUAGUGAUGCAAAAUGUUGGCACUUGUAAAUAUAAUAUUCUGCUUUCAUUGCUGUUUUGACUUUUUUGUUUUGUUUUUUAAUAUACAAAAUAUAAUUAUUCCCCUAAUAUAAGGUGCUUUUGGCAUUUAAUCCCAGCUGCAGUGAAUGGGUUAAACCAAGACUGUAUUAAAAAAUUGCUUCUCAAGAAAGACAAAAUGCACUAUAGAACAAUACUGUAGUCAAAAGGGUGAAGACGGCUUCAUUUCUGGUCGACAAGGAAGGGAAAAUUUAUUUCCAAUCCCUCCGCAUUCAAAAAGACAAAAUAUGCUUCACGUUACAUUGUGUGCUUGAUAUUAUUUGGAUUUUUUUUAUUCCUCCGCUAACCAAAUAUAUAUUGUUACAAUAUGCAGCUUAUGUUUCCAUGCUAAUUUAUUAGGGCUGGUGAUGAGACACAAAAUCAUUGUUUAUUACUCCUGAUACUUCCUCGUUGUAUCUCUAAAACAAGGUUUAAAAUAUUCAUUUAUUAUAUAUUGUAACAUAUUUUCCCUAGCAACCUGGGGGGGGGGGGCAGAAAAAAAAAGUGAAGGGGUUUAAUUUACACAAUAUAGGGCUUGAAAAGAGUGCAGAUCCCAUCAUGUGAGUUAUCUUUUAUUUAGAACCUUAUUACUCUUGGCAUUAAGAAUCCUUUAUUAAAUAUGAAUGGAGACAGGGUAUCAAGGCAUUGUUUACAGCCAAUUAACAUCAGCCCACCUCAUGACUUGUCUAACAGUAGUGUAUUGUAGAACUUAACACCUCCCCCAAUAUUGCUGCCAAAGGAAUAGCUUGCUUCAGCAAGAGCCUAACACAAUGGUAGUUUUGUUUUGUUUUUCCAGCUGUGUCCAAAAUUCACACCUAGAUUUACUGCCGGAGUCUGGAGUAGAAGGUUCUCAGGCCAAAAAUAUUUUGAAUUCUCAAAGUCGCUAGAGGAGAGUUAUAGUUUACAUUAAUUUCAGGGGCAAUGUCUUAAUUUGUGUUGUGAUGAAAAAGCUUAGGCCGGCUGGAUAGUUUAAGGGUUCCUCUAAUCAUUUCAGCAGGUGAUAUCUAGUUGUGUCCUUAGCAAACAUCUAAAAGCUGUGGCACUUAACUGUAUUAUAAAGCAAGGAUCAUAUUCCCUUAACUAGUCAUUUUUGGGGGGAUUUGUUGCCUAAUUACCAUCACUCCUGUACGUUAUUUUCUAGCAUAGUUGUUCUGUUCUCAGAGAGUCUACUUUGUUCUUCUUGAGGGCUUGGACAGUGUUCUCUAGUUUCAUGUGGAAACCUUUCACUACUGCUUAAAUCUCAGAAGGUCCAUGUCAUGGUUGGUUUAUAAGUCAUAGCAGAAAUUAAGGUUUUCUGAAAGUGUGAUGGUUGCAGAGAUCCCUUAUCCUUCCACAGAAUUCAGUGUUCCAGUUUAAGCUAUACUUGAAUUAACUCUGCUUUUUUCUUGCAAAGUGCUGUGAGUCUUAUUGACCAGGUUGUGUUCGCAUCUAAUACUCCUUCCAAGCCUUAAAGGGCCACUAAACCCAAAAUCUUUCUUUCAUGAUUCAGAUAGAACAUACAAAUUUAAACAACAUUAUAAUUUACUUCUAUUAUUUAUUUUGCUUCAUUUUUUAGAUAUCCUUAUUUGAAGAAAAAGCAAUGCACAUUGGUGAGCCAAUCAAAUGAGGCUUCUACGUGCAGCAACCAAUCAGCAGCUACUGCGCAUAUCUAGAUAGCAAAAGAAUAUCAAGAGACUAAAACAAAUUACAUAAUAGAAGUAAAUUAGAAAGAUGUUUAAAAUUGCAUUCUCUUUCUAAAUCAUGAAAGAAAAAAUGUGGGUUUUAUGUCCCUUUAAGGAUUAUUGAGCACUGCUUGGUAAAUAUGGCUCUCGUGUAUUUUGCUUCCAGUCUGGGAAGGUAAGUUGUCUUAAAGUAGAUUAUAUGUUCAGUAAGUCCCUCUAGUCUGGAGGAUUUUACUGCCCCGUGAAUUGUAUUCAAAACUUCUCGAUUGGCUCUUGUCUGUUCAGAUACCAUAACUUCUGUUUGACUGCUCUGCUUCCAAUCUAAGCCUGUACCUGUUUUUGCUAGCGGAUAGGACACUCAAGAAUAUGGUGGUUACCCGGGGAUAUUGCCAUAACUCCCCUCCCCCGGCAAUCAGUUCCACCUUCACCAAGUAUUCUUGAUGUCUAUAACCCUUAAGGUCUGCUAGUUUGGACAGAUAAACUUUCAAAAAAAAAAUCAGGUUUUUCAUAGACUUUCUUCCUCUCAGGCACAAUUUAGAAGAAAAACAAAUUGUAUCCAGCUGUCUCAUACGCCACAAGUCAUUGUUGUCCUUUCACCAGAUACAAGCACAUUUCAGCAAAUCCAUCCACUGCAAUGUCCUCCGCUGUUUAUGAUUAUAAUAUAUAGUUUUGUUUGUUUUUUAAUAAAAAUGUGUCUGCUGCCCUGUUUUGAAGUCUAAAUAGUAUUGUGGUACUGAAAAAAGAAAAAAAAAAUCAGAAUUCACGCAAAAAAAUGUUUAAACUCUAUUAAGUAAAGUAUAAGCUGAGACCAUAGUCUGUAUGUUUUACAAUUUGUAUUUUUGUGUUUGUUUCGUUUUCUGUUUAUUUUUUUGUCGCAGCUGGUACUGUAUGUAUCUGUCCGUACGACUCACAAAGACCCAGUUUCAUGGGGAUAGAGAGGGGUGAGUCAGGAUUUUCCUGAUUGUGCAGGUUCUAAAACAGCCGUAACUUCUUCUCAUAAAUAUUCGUCAUGUUCUAUAAAUCCCUUUCCUACAAGAUCAUUGUAUUGUUUGGUAGGUGAGGGAUUUACACGUGGAGUCUUCUGAUAAAAAUGACUUUAUUUUAUGUUUUUUUCAGGGGGGGAUGAAUGGUAGCUUUUAACAAGCCUAUAUUUUUUUUCUUUUGUUUUAGAAAACAUUUGAUUGUAUUUUGUGCAACGUCUGUUGCUUUUCAUUAUAACUACGACAGAAUAUUUUUUUUUGGGGGGGGGGGAAUCUUGAAAUACAAAGUCUCUAUUAAAAUGUGUUUGGCUGCUAAAGCAUUAAUUAACAUGG